CCAAUCGUAUUUCCUCUAUUAUACUUCUUCAGAUUCUGCGUGUUUACUCCUCUUUGCACGUAAUUUUCAUUCACGUUUCAGCAAAGGUCUCCCUGGUAUGUCUAACUGGAAUCAAUUGAACACUUACUACCGUAUUAUAUACGACUACUUAAAACCAGAGCAAGUGAUAUCGUGUGCCGAAGGUGUAUUGCAGUCUAUUGUAGGGACACCAAACUCAGACCAGGGCGACACUACCUUGGCUAGUAGUGACACGGCAAAUGCUCCAGGUCGGCUGUGUUUUGUGAACAGUCCUGUACAAGUGAGGGUUUUACUUGGAUUGCUUGCCUAUUUCUUCAUCACUGUUGUUCUUAUUCAUUUGGCCUGGCUUGUGUACGGAUUUAAUAUAAAUGAACUAUUCGUACGAUCUGGAAUCCAACAGCCACAAGCUCAGCGACCUCGUCACAAGGCCAGUUAUAGUGAAAAGACAUCUCAGUCUGCACAAGCUUCAAAUAUUCCAAUAAAUAAGUCAAAUUUCAUGGAUUAAAAGUUUAUAAUUAAGAAAAAAAAAAAAUCAGUUGUCUAAAUUAUUAAUUUAUCUUUUAAUUGAAAUAUUUCAACUCAAAAAACCAAAUCACGAUGCCAAAUAAAUUUUUUGAUAAAAUUAAACUAGAUCACUUCUUUAAGAAAGCCGGUCCUGGUCAUAAAUUAACACAAGAAAAAGAAAGUCAUGCCAGUUCAUCUUUGCAUUCCAAUUUAUCCGUUGGCCCUUCAUCAUUACCCUCAGCCUCUAAAACAGAAUCAGAACAGAGAGCUGCAGCUGCUGCCAUUGCACGGUUCAAUCAAUCAAAAUCAGGGGAAUGCCGGCCUGUUAUGAAAACUAGUGUGCGUAGUGGAACUAAAACUAGCACCACAGACCACCAGCAAUCUCCAGUUACUUCUGCCAAAGCAGGGGAGCCUGAAAAGAGUAACACCGAAAGUUGCCCCUUUCUCUUAUUUACAUGUCCUGAUAUUGGACCUGCAGUGCUUCCUAAACAAGAAAUUAAUGAAUAUAUCCGAGAGUUUCUAUUCAACUCCCUUGGAGCACAGCCUGAAAUGGCCUCGACCUUGAUGAUUCAGACUCUGAAUAAAAAUAAAGAAGCUGCUAAAGUUUGUGUUGACAUCUUAACAAAAUAUAUAGACAACCUUAUUAACAACCCCGGUGAGGAAAAAUUCAGGAAAAUCCGACUUAAUAACCGAGCGUUUCAGGAGAAGGUCAACCCUAUUGAAGGGAGUGAAGAAUUUCUACUUACUUGUGGUUUUGAGAGGAAAAGUCUAAAGAUUGAUGAUCAACCUGAAGAAAUGUUUUUUAUCAUUCCAGAAGAAAAAGCGCAAAACACUGACUUUUUGAAACAUAUGAAAGAAUGUCUUCUUUCAGCUGAACCAAUUCGACCUCAGCUUGACCGAGCCUUGCAAGUAUAUACCCCUCAACAUACCAUGCCAAAUUUUGUAGUACCUGACGACUUCUAUAAUCUCACUCCAUCUGAACUCAAGAGAGAACAACAGUUACGUAGUGAAAAUACAGAAAGGAUUGAAAUUCUUCGAACGAAAGCCAUGCGAGAACGUGACGAGAAACGAGAACUGCGUCGUUAUCGUUACACUAUGAUACGUAUUCGUUUUCCUGAUAGUGUUGUCUUGCAAGGAACCUUUAGGGCUCAAGAAAAAUUAAGUGAUCUGAGGAAGUUUGUGCAAGACAAUUUAAGACUUGAGUGGAUGCCAUUUAAUUUAGUGCAUCCAACAGGACAUAGACUUGAUGACGACAUGACACUAAUUGAACUUGGCCUUGCACCAACUGCUGUGGUUAAUUUCAUUGUUGAUGAAGAUAUAAUUAAUGAUCUGGCCCUUCAGCCAGGAACUGCUAAUAAAGCUGGAUCAUUUUUGAAGUCUGAUAUCCAAUGCUUACUUCAGGAACUUCCCUAAAUUGCCUUAAUAUUAUUUUUGAAAAUAAAAAAAAAUAAAAACCACAACAACCAAAAAACAUACAAAACUCAAAAUAUUUCAAGGCUCACUUAUCAAGGAUACUGUAUGUUGAAUAUUUUGAACUGAUUUAAAUGACUGAUAUAUCACUGGUUAAAUUUUUAUUAUCAGAACACUUUCCUCUCUACCUUGCUUACUAACACUUGACAAGAUCGUUUUUUAGAGUAACUUUACAAGAAAAAAUAUUCUAUUUUUUAUUUUUCACUAAACCAUGUAAAUUCAUUAAGUUCAUGUAGUGUGCAUUUCCCAUAUGAGUUAUUUGAAGUUGAAGAAAUUUAUCAUAGAAUAUUAAUCAGCAAUUAUUAUAAUUGCAGCAAUGUAAGGUAUUUGUGAAAACUAGCUGUAGAUAGGAAUUAUAAAACAUUAUUAUAGACUAAAGCUUUUAAUGCACACCAACUUGAGAGCCCCACUGAUACAAGCUUUCCAUUUUGAAGUGUCCAAAUCUAAAUAAAAACUUUCCAUUGUAAUUUCUUGUAAGGACCUUUGGUCAAGUUUUAAAUCACUGUUAAUUAUUUUAUUAAAUUUAUUAUUUUCUAAAUUAAUUGAAACAACAGCAGUGUAUUUCAUUAGAAAUAUAACUACAAAUGGUUUAAACCCAAAUUACACUAACAUUCAUUGCUGCAGUUGUGAAAAGCAGUCUUGCUCAAAAUAGUAGAUUUUGACAAUCUAAUGGCUUGUAUUAGUCAGUCUGUCAGUAAUAAAUUGAUAUCAUUAUAAACUAUAUGCAAUAAAGAUAAUCAGGAAAUGGUGAGAAUGGAAGAGACUUCAGUUCAGUAACCAUUUUAAAUACCAUUUUAUGAAGAAUGAACUUUUUAUUUUAGAUUUGUAUUUAGGAAAGUGCAAUGGAUGUUUAUCCUUAAAGGAGAAGAAGAAUCAAUAAAAAAGAAAUUUUUUUGAAGCAUUUUAAAACUCUGCUAUUAUACUUCUAUGAUUUUAAAAGGCAAUGUUUGGGCAGUGUGAUAUGAACUGAAAAAUGCCCUUCCUUUAUCUGUAUAAUCUUUAAUCUUGUUAUUUCCACACUAAAUGUUGCUUUGCUAUUGCUUAGCUUCAAGAAUUUGGGUAUUAGAGCUUGGGGAUUAUUAUUUUUAAUCGCAGGAGCUUGAUCAUGUCACUUAUAGUGAAUGGAAAAGAUAAGCAGAGCACUUGUUAACCUUGUAUCUACAUCACUAAGAGAAGAAAAUUCAUAAUAUAAAGCUGGAUAUAUGUGAUUUGGAAAGUUAUUUCGAAAAUGGAGUGUUCAGUUCCCUACUUAUAUUUUUCUCAAACAGACCAUAAGAUUGGUUAAAUAAAUGAUUUUGUUCUGAGAAUA